GAGAUUGAACUGGAUAUGGAAGCCUCGGGUGCCAGGGUGAUGGCGCUGUGGCUCUGGGCCCUGACCUUCCUGGGCCUGGUGGGCUCCAGUGUGGGCCUGCGGUCCCGCAAGCUUGACUUCUUCCGUAGCGAGACAGAGCUGAACCACUUGGUUGUGGACAACGUGACAGGCGGGGUGUACCUGGGGGCGGUGAACAUGCUCUACCAGCUGACCGCCGACCUGCAGCUGCUGCAGCAGGUGGCCACGGGCCCGGCCCUGGACAAUAAGAAGUGCACGCCACCCAUCGAGAAGAGCCAGUGCCACGAGGCUGUGCUCACAGACAAUGUGAACCAGCUGUUGCUUCUGGACCCCCUCGAAGGCCGCGUGGUCGAGUGUGGCAGCCUCUUCAAGGGCAUCUGCGCCCUGCGGUCGCUCGGCAACAUCUCCACGUGCCUCUUCUACGAGGACAGCAGCGGCGAGAAGUCCUUUGUGGCUAGCAACGACGAGUCUGUGGCCACAGUGGGGCUAGUGAGCUCCACAGGCCCUGGCGGUGAGCGCGUACUCUUCGUGGGCAAAGGCAACGGGCUGCACGACAACGGCAUCAUCGUCAGCACCCGCCUGCUGGACCGCACCGAGAGCAGGGAGGCCUUCGAGGCUUACACAGACCACGCCACCUACAAGGUCGGCUACCUGUCCGCCAACACACAGCAGUUCGUGGCCGCCUUUGAGGACGGCCGAUACGUCUUCUUUGUCUUCAACCAGCAGGACAAGCACCCGGCCCGGAACCGCACGCUGCUGGCACGCAUGUGCAAGCAGGACCCUUACUACUACUCCUACGUGGAGAUGGACCUCGAGUGUCAGGACCCCGGCGACCCUCAGGCCCCCACCUCUGGGACCUGCCUGGCGGCCUCUGUGGACCCGGGCAGGACACUCUACGCUGUCUUCAGCAGGGACGGCAGGAGCGGAGGCGGUGGGGGGCUCCAUGCUGGCUUCUGCCUGUUUCCGCUGGACGAGAUCCACACCAAGAUGGAGGCCAACCGCAACGCCUGCUACACGGCCACCCGGGAGGCGGGCCACAACCCCUUCUACAAGCCCUUCCACGGCGAUAUCCAGUGUGGCGGCCACGCGCUGGGUGCCAGCGAGAACUUCCCCUGUGGCUCGGAGCACCUGCCCUACCCACUGGGCAGCCGUGACGGACUCAUAGCCACAGCCGUGCUGCAGCGAGGUGGCUUGAACCUGACAGCUGUGACGGUGACUGCCGAAGACAGCCACACCAUCGCCUUCCUGGGCACUUCCGACGGCAGAAUCCUCAAGGUGUACCUUGCUCCAGACCACACCUCCGCAGAGUACGGCUCUGUCCUUGUGGAGAUCAACAAGGGGAUCAAGCAAGACCUGGUGCUGUCUGCAGACCUGACCCAGCUGUACGCCAUGACCCAGGACAAGGUGUUCCGGCUCCCUGUGCAGGAAUGUCUAAACUACGUAACCUGUGCGCAGUGCCGCGACUCGCAGGACCCCUACUGCGGCUGGUGUGUCGUCGAGGGACGAUGCACCAGGAAAGCCAAGUGCCCGCGGGCCAAGGAGACUGGCCACUGGCUGUGGAGCCGGGACAACUCCUGCGUGACCAUCACCAGUGCCCAGCCGCAGAACAUGAGCCGGCGGGCCCAGGGGGAGGUGCAGCUGACGGUCAGCCCUCUCCCCACCCUGAGAGAGGAGGAUGAGCUGCUGUGCCUCUUCGGUGACUCGCCUCCACAUCGCGCCCGUGUGGAGGGUGACACCGUCGUCUGCAACUCCCCGAAUGUCAUUCCCAGCACACCGCCUGGCCAGGACCACGUGACUGUGAGCAUCCAGCUCCUUCUCCACCAGGGCGACAUCUUCCUCACCUCCCACCUGUACCCCUUUUACGACUGCCGUUCGGCCAUGCAUCUGGUGGAGAACCUCCCGUGCAUCUCCUGCGCCAGCAACCACUGGACCUGCCAGUGGGACCUGCUCUACCACGAGUGCCGGGAGGCCUCGCCCAACCCCGAGGAGGGCAUCGUCCGCGCCCACAUGGAGGAGAACUGCCCUCAGUUCCUGAACCCCAGCCCCCUGGUCAUCCCCAUGAACCAUGAGACAGAUGUGACCUUUCAGGGCAAGAACGUGGACACGGUGAAGAGCACCUCCCUGGACGUGGGGAGUGACCUACUCAAGUUCAGGAAGCCGGUGAUCAUGCAGGAGACAGGGACCUUCUUCUUCCAGACCCCAAAGCUGUCCUAUGACGCCAAUGAGACACUGCCCCUGCAUCUGUAUGUCAAGUCCUACAACAAGAAUAUUGACAGCAAGCUCCAAGUGACCCUGUACAACUGCUCCUUCGGCCGCAGUGACUGCAGCCUGUGCCUGGCCGCUGACCCCACCUAUAGGUGUGUGUGGUGUGGUGGGCAGAGUAAGUGCGUGUACGAGGCUCUGUGCAGCAACGCCACCUCCGAGUGCCCGCCGCCCGUCAUCAGCAGGAUCCGGCCCGAGACGGGCCCGCUGGGAGGGGGCAUUCGCAUCACCAUCCUCGGGUCAAACUUGGGCAUCAAGGCGGACGACGUUAGGAGAGUGACCGUGGCUGGCCGGAACUGCACCUUCGAGCCGGAACGGUACUCCGUGUCCACCCGGAUCGUAUGUGUGAUUGAAGCCUCAGAGGAGCCCUUCACGGGGGGCGUCGAGGUGGAUGUCAGCGGGAAGCUGGGUUACUCGCCGCCCCACGUCCAGUUCACCUACCAACAGCCGAAGCCUGUCCAAGUGGACCCGAAGCAGGGGCCACAGGCGGGCGGCACCUUGCUGACCAUCACUGGUACCAACCUGGACACAGGCUCCGAGGAGGACGUGCGGGUGACCCUCAACAACGUCCCCUGUGAAGUGAAGGAGUUUGGGGCAGAACUCAAGUGCGUGACUGGCCCCCAGCGGAAGGUGGGCGAGGUGCCCCUGGUGGUGCACUACGGGGGCUCACCCGUGCCCAGCCCCGACAUCAUGUUCACCUACCGUGACAACCCGGUGCUGCGGGCCUUUGAGCCGAUGCGAAGCUUUGUCAGUGGCGGUAGGAGCAUCAGUGUCACCGGGCAGGGCUUCAGCCUGGUCCAGAGUUUCACCAUGGUGGUCAUUGCUGAGCCACUGCAGUCCUGGCGGCGGCGGCGAGAGGCUGGACCCCUGCAGUCCGUGAAGGUCGUGGGCACCGACUACGUGUACCACAGCGACAGCAGGGUGGUCUUCUCGUCACCGGCCUUCCCUGAGGAGCCUGAGGCCUAUAACCUCACGGUGCUGGUCGAGAUGGACAGGCACCGCGUGCUGCUCCGGACUGAGGCCGGCGCCUUCGAGUACGUGGCUGACCCCACCUUCGAGAACUUCACAGGUGGUGUCAAGAAGCAGGUCAACAAGCUCAUCCAUGCCCAGGGCACCAACCUGAACAAGGCGAUGACACUGCAGGAGGCCGAAGCCUUCGUGGGCGCCGAGCGCUGCAUCAUGAAGACGCUGACCGAGACCGACCUGUACUGCGAGCCCCCUGAGGUGCAGCCCCCGCCCAAGCGGCGGCAGAAGCGGGACACCACCCACAACUUGCCCGAGUUCAUUGUCAAGUUCGGCUCACGUGAGUGGGUGCUGGGCCGCGUGGAGUACGACACCCGUGUCAGCGAUGUGGCGCUCAGGCUCGGCGUCAUCCUGCCUCUGGUCAUCGUGCCCAUGGUGGCUAUCAUUGCCGUGUCGGUCUACUGCUACUGGAGGAAGAGCCAGCAGGCUGAGCGUGAGUAUGAGAAGAUCAAGUCCCAGUUGGAGGGCCUGGAGGAGAGCGUGCGCGACCGCUGCAAGAAGGAGUUCACGGACCUGAUGAUCGAGAUGGAGGACCAGACCAACGACGUGCAUGAGGCCGGCAUUCCAGUGCUGGACUACAAGACCUACACGGACCGCGUCUUCUUCCUGCCUUCCAAGGACGGUGACAAGGACGUGAUGAUCACAGGCAAGCUGGACAUUCCUGAGUCGCGGCGGCCCACCGUGGAGCAGGCCCUCUACCAGUUCUCCAACCUUCUCAACAGCAAGUCCUUUCUUAUCAACUUCAUCCACACGCUGGAGAGCCAGCGGGAGUUCUCUGCACGCGCCAAGGUCUACUUUGCGUCCCUGCUGACGGUGGCGCUGCAUGGAAAGCUUGAGUACUACACAGACAUCAUGCGCACGCUCUUCUUGGAGCUCAUGGAGCAGUAUGUGGUGGCCAAGAACCCCAAACUUAUGCUACGCAGGUCGGAGACAGUGGUGGAGAGGAUGCUGUCCAACUGGAUGUCCAUCUGCUUGUACCAGUAUCUCAAGGACAGCGCUGGUGAGCCCCUGUACAAGCUCUUCAAGGCCAUCAAGCAUCAGGUGGAGAAGGGGCCAGUGGAUGCUGUGCAGAAGAAGGCCAAGUACACCCUCAACGACACAGGGCUGCUGGGGGAUGACGUGGAGUAUGUGCCCCUGGUGAGUGUGUGCGGGCACAGUGGGGAGGGGGCCAGCAAUGGUGAAGGUGGACAAUGGCUGGGGGAUGACGUGGAGUAUGUGCCCCUGGUCCGGGAUGGAGCCACCCUUAUCCUGUCCAAGGUGGGGGUCUCGCAGCAGCCCGAGGACAGCCAGCAGGACCUGCCGGGGGAGCGCCACGCCCUCCUGGAGGAGGAGAACCGCGUGUGGCACCUGGUGCGUCCGGCCGACGAGGUGGACGAGGGCAAGCCCAAGCGUGGCAGCGUGAAGGAGAAGGAGCGCACCAAGGCCAUCACCGAGAUCUACCUGACACGGCUGCUCUCUGUCAAGGGCACGCUGCAGCAGUUCGUGGACAACUUCUUCCAGAGCGUGCUGGCGCCCGGCCAUGCAGUGCCCCCUGCGGUCAAGUACUUCUUUGACUUCCUGGAUGAGCAGGCGGAGAAGUACGACAUCCGGGACGAGGACACCAUCCACAUCUGGAAGACCAACAGUCUGCCGCUCCGGUUCUGGGUGAACAUCCUCAAGAACCCCCACUUCAUCUUCGACGUGCACGUGCACGAGGUGGUGGACGCCUCGCUGUCGGUCAUUGCCCAGACCUUCAUGGACGCCUGCACGCGGACCGAGCACAAGCUGAGCCGUGACUCUCCCAGCAACAAGCUCCUCUACGCCAAGGAGAUCUCCACCUACAAGAAGAUGGUGGAGGAUUACUACAAAGGGAUCCGCCAGAUGGUGCAAGUCAGCGACCAAGACAUGAACACGCACUUGGCAGAAAUUUCCCGGGCACACACGGACUCCCUGAACACCCUUGUGGCCCUGCACCAGCUCUACCAGUACACACAGAAGUACUAUGAUGAGAUCAUUAAUGCCCUGGAGGAGGACCCCGCUGCCCAGAAGAUGCAGCUGGCCUUCCGCCUGCAGCAGAUUGCAGCCACGCUGGAGGAUAAGGUCACGGACCUCUGA